UAACUUGUAAGCUCUUAAUUUAUAUUGGUUAUAAAUAGAUAGAAGUUUACAUUUGUAAUUUUAGUUGAUUUAACAAUUAUUGAAAAUAAUAUCUCUCAUCUAGUGAAUAGUUAACUCAGCAAGACGAGGAACAAUGGGUGAUUCAAAGAAAAUCAAGAUCGGAAUAAUCGGCGGCUCGGGCUUCGACGACCCAACGCUAUUUGAAGAGCAGACAGAGCACUAUGAGAACACGCCAUUCGGACCGCCUUCAGACGCGCUCAUCGAGGGCAAAGUCAAGGGCGUACCCUGCGUGCUUCUAGCGCGACAUGGGAGGAAACAUCAGUUUCAGCCCAGCGACGUAAACUACCGCGCCAACAUCUGGGCGCUCAAGCAACGCGGCUGCACCCACAUACUCGCCACCACCGCCACCGGCUCGUUGCAGGAAGAGUAUCGUCCGGGAGACCUUGUUGUGCUUGACGAUUACAUCGACAGAACAUGGGGCCGCAAAUGCACAUUUUACGACCGCACAGACUGUGGCCCCCGAGGAGUGUGCCACCUGCCGCAGCGGCCCGCAUUCUGUCCGCGCGCGCGAGCGGCCCUCACCGAGGCGGCGCGGGCGCGCGGGUACAGCUGCCACGAGACCGGCACCGCUGUUGUUAUACAGGGGCCCAGGUUUUCGAGCCGCGCCGAAAGUCUGAUGCACCGACAGUGGGGGGGACAUCUCGUCAACAUGACCACGGUGCCAGAGGUGGUGUUGGCUAAGGAAGCGGGGCUUAGCUACGCAGCCGUGGCGCUCGUCACAGACUACGACUGCUGGAGGGACAAUGAAACCGCGGUGUCGGUGAGCGAGGUGCUGGCUACGUUCGCCCGCAACGUGCAGAAAGCGGCCGACGUAGUUCUGGACGCCGUGCAGAUUCUCGCCGCCGACACGGACCAUAGCUAUUUGGACGGUCACCAGGAGUUGGUUUCAUCGUCCAUCAUGCUGAAGGAAUAAACCACCGUCUAAUAAGCACAGUUUUUGUAUAUUUUUAUCACAUAUUUUAAAAUAAAACACUCGUAAUCUUAAAAUUAUUUAUUAUUUUAAAACCAGACAUACAAAACGAUCGUCUUAAAUUAAUUACAUUUAUUACUGUAACUUACCGGUCGUCUAGACAAUUACGUAUUUUUAAAUCUUGUGCAUUAUUAUGUAUCAUUAAUUUAUAAUUAAAAACGUUAAAAAGAUACUUAUGUUACGACAAGCCCACUCCUCAGGUGCUUACCUAUUGUAAAUUUCUUACUAGUCUUUAUCUAAAAUAUCUAAAUCAUCCGAAGCCUCCGAUCCUGAAAUGAAAAUAUUAAAU